UAUCGAUAGCUAACUCACGCACCGAAACAAAUGUCGGACAAUAACAUGAAAUUCUUGUCCUCAAAGAAGUUUGAGAGCCGAGACCUCUUUGAGUCCACUCUCGACUCUAUACUCAUUCCUCGGAGUCCGGGAACCGAUGGCCACAAGAAGGUCCAGAAGUUUAUACGGAAAACAAUGUCGACACUGGAGUGGACGGUAGAGAAUGACGAGUUCACGGCCAACACACCGCUGGGUCGGCGCACGUUCACCAACAUUAUGGCCACUUUGAACCCAAACCAUUGCAAACGAGUGAUACUCGCCUGUCAUUACGACUCCAAACUCAAUCGGGAGAAGACAUUUCUGGGCGCCACCGACUCGGCCGUCCCCUGCGCUCUC